AUGAAUGCUUUACGAGCAUUUUUAGUUUUCCUACUGGGAUGUUGUCUUUGUGGUGUGAAAGUAAAUGCAAGUAAAAUGGAUCUUUGGGAUUUUGGCAGGAUGAUUAGUCAUAAAGGGUAUUCUCGUUGGGAUUAUUAUGGUUAUGGAUGUUGGUGUGGACCGGGAGCGUAUGGUAAUGAAUUUUUAGAUUCAACCGAUUAUUGUUGCAAAACACAUGAUGAAUGCUAUGAUAGUGUUCAGAAUAGUAAUUGUUCACCCUAUUGGGCAUCAUAUAAGUAUGAUAGAUUAUCAAAUGGUCAAUUGCAAUGUACGGAUGCACAUGGAACAUGCGGUCGUAAAGUUUGCGAAUGCGAUAAGGCAGCUGCUGAUUGUUUUGAAGCUAAUCGAGGAACAUACAAGUCUUGGUUACGCGGACUGUCUAAUGAUGACAGACGCAGAUUAUGCAAUCGAGCGUAUAUUCGCCAAGGCUAUUGGUCGUAA